AUGGCGUCUGGACUCGCAGUGGACAUCGCGAUUGAAAGUCUACUUGAGAGUGAAGUGGAAGAGAUUUCCAGGGAUGGACAAGAGAAAUAUGUACCGCAGCUGUCCAUGUCAGAGAAGUUGGCCAAGCUAGCCCACAAGAUAGACUUUUUAUCUGAUGUCAAGGGGCACGAAAUGGAUACAGAUAAGGAAGAUGAUGAGAAAUCCUUAAUAACAUUUCAACCAUCUCUGUGGCCAUGGGAUUCUGUCAGGGAGAACUUGAGGAAGUCAUUAACAGAAGUCUGUGUAUUAUCUGAUGUUCUGAAUGUGGUACGAGACAAGAAAUAUUUAGUAUUGGACCCAGUAUCACAAAACCAAGCCAAUCCCAAACCAACUUUAUCUUUGAUCACUAAAAAGAAGGGUCUAUGUAAUGCUGCUGAUAUUCUGCUACAAGGAGCUCAAAGAAUGGAGGAUGCUGUUAAAGAAAGAGCUGAUCAUACAAUCAGGCAACUAGGGAGCAAUGCAAAAGAUUUCCAUUCUGAACUUAUGAUGUUAAGAAAGAGGUGGAGAUUAAAAAGAACAGGGACUUCUAUAACAGGGGAUUUGACAUACCGCUCAGCUGGCUCACAAUUCAGAAAUCCAGGAUUGUUUGAGGUUAGCAAAGCUACAAGAGCUGAAGAUAAAACAGAGCAAUCCACCCCAGACAACAGAGCCUUGGAGGUGACUGUUGGAAGUGAUUUGGAAGGGACAGCAGAAAUCAGAGUGGCUAUUGUGGAGUCUGGAAAAGAACUACAGAUUGCCUCUGUCAGAGGUUUGAUGAGUGGUUGUUAUGACAACAUGCCAACAGUCAUUCCAUCGUGGCAACAGAAGCUGGAGUCUGCUCAGUCCAAUUUAUUUUGCAAGGAGUUAUUUAUGCAGCUGUCCCAAGGAGCUUACAAUACUAAAGAAAACCGACCUCACUUUGUGAUGGCCAAUGAAAUAAGAGCUGAGAUUUUCCCAGGGACAGAUCUUUGUAUAACUUACAGCUGUAGGAAAAACAGUUCAGAAGAAAACUCUUCAAAGGUGGCGCAGAAGGAUAGAGCACCUCGUGCUUACUCCCUUGAGUACUCUCUUCACUCGCUCCUCAGAAAACAGCACUUAAAAACACAUUCAUUGCCGACACCUCAUCCUGUCACUGCACAUCCAAUGCAAGGGGGCAGUAAGAGGCUGCGUCUUGCUGGAGCAUCAGCUCUGACAACUGUUGAGGUAGCACCAAAUCUACAAAGUGAAAGUCUUUUAGAAACUGUCUUAAAAAUCUCAAGACAUAAAGUUCUUCAGAAAAGGGCCGUGGAGGUGAUUGAUGGACUGAAGUCCAGACUGAAUGAUCCUUGUAUUACGUGUCAUUGGAGCAGUGUAGGUAGUGAUACUAAUACAUCAGCUACUCUUCACAUCACAUCUCCAGAGGUUGGACAUCUCGCUAGGUCAUCAUUCCAGGUGCACGUGGGAGUAGGAGAGAUUCGUGUGGUGAGUGCUGAUGGAGCAAGUGUACACCUUCCCACUCACCCUCAGGAUUUAGAAGACUUCAUCUUAAGUCAGGUCUGUAAUCAUCGCUUAACCGUGGCCAACUCUCUGGCGCAGAGCCUGGGCUGGCACGUGAUCCACUGUAGUCGUCACGUGGGCACUGGAGCGAAAGAAAGACAGGGUCACGUGGGCGGACUGAUGAUAAAAUCGCCAAAUGGCAACAAAGUUGUCGCAGUCCGCACAGGACCAGCCAGCGGUGUCAGCGUUUUGGUUAGGCGCCCUCAGCUUCCUAAUGGCGUGGCACCCGAGUUGCUAGGCGACAUGAACUGGAAGAGCUUGGGAGGACAUUUUAUGGAGGUGCAUUGGUCAAAAAUGCCAGGAAGAACUUUUGUGCAAAGGAUAUUUUUAUUGCUAGCUAUUGAAAUGUACUGAUAUUUGUAUGUAUAUAUAUAUAAUGCUUGUUAAAAGAUACAAUAAGGGAACAAUAACAAAAAGAAGUUCUUGAUAGCUUAUGAACUUGUAAUUAGGGUUGUAUUUUAUGCUCAAAAAGCUUGUUCUAAGUAUCAAGAUUGAAUCACAUGUUGUUUUCUGUUCGUGUUUUUAUAAUUGACCGUUGAUUUUGUACCGUAAAGUAUAGUUUAAAUAAAAGAUAAACUCGUUGAA